AUGGCGACCGCACCACCUGCGGCUGGCGGGUCUAUCACAUUACUCGACGAGCCUUGGACAGCCGAAGGUGCGCGACUUCUACUAGAAGUAGAUGAGGGAUGGGUAGGCUAUCGUGGGGAUAUUGCGUGGAGCUGGCAUGACGAAACGUUCAUGAUUUACUCAGCCAUUUGCCGGGAGCGCAAUUGGCCAUGCAAAUCGCAAGCCGCAAGUGUUGCUAUGCUCACGGCUUUGCGUACAGAUAGCAUCAGUAUGAAAAUUAGUAGUUCGAUGCGUACUGCUGAUGGCUUCGCACAAUGGUCGUUGAUAGAAAUGCGCGAGUUAGGUGCUCAGAUGCGGCGUAUUGUUGAGGGUCGAAGUCCUGCAAUGCGCUGGUCUGCACAGCUCUUAUCUUUUGUGGAGACUAUGAAGACAAUAGAUACCAAAUACAACAUUGGUGACCGCACGGUCGAGGAAUUCGCCUUUCGUGCUUCGAAAUAUCUCCCUUUAGCAAUCGUCAUGCUCAUUGAUCCGCAUAGAACUAACGGAAAGACGAGUCAUGACAGGUGGAAGUCAGAUUCGACUCCAUUAAUGAAGCCUUUGAAAUUAUUGCGUCCGAUACAGAGAGAUCAGCUGACUGAUAACGCUAUUGAGAGAGCCGACGAAUCGCUCGCGCCAGGUAAGAGGAGAAUAAUGCCUCUCACAGAUCCUUCUUUGGGCAUUCCAAAUGACACUCGUCCAAGGUUGGUAAUAAAGCGGAAUCAAAGUACAGAGUUGAAUGUCAACAAGUCGUAUCAUGGUUCAAGAUUCAAUAAUGACAACUUGCGGUGGACUGGCAAUAAUUUUGGCCAUGAGACGAGGAAUGCUGGGCCUUCUAUUCAGAUAGAUACAAAUCAAGAACAAAUGCUACCAAAACAACAGUCAGCCGCAAAUCAAGCGCAUCUUUCAUACUCUCAAGAUGUGAGAGCACAGAAGCACACCGACUUCUCAGCUAUCGGUGGAUAUCAUCGCUUGGAUCAAGCAGCCUCUGGACUACAAUUGUUCGGCCAAAAACAAGUAGCUACUCCCCAUCGAGAUACUGCAGAUCAACCGCCGUCGACUUACGGGAUGCAAAGUGGUGACAUACCUAUGCAGCGAUCGACUCGCAAUGAGUUAUGCUCUCAGCAACCAAUUGUAAGUGACUCCAUGGAGUUGAAUGACCGCGCCAGUACAGCACCACAUGUGCUUCGUGGUGUAAACCCAUACAAUCGACCAGAAAAAUCAUGGGGAGAGUUUGUAGUGGAAGUUCUACUUGCUCAAAGAAUGGCAAGUAACGAAGACGAGCUAGAUUAUUGGCACUUUGUUCGCAACCUUUACGAAAUCUGA